AUGAAAUGCAACAAAUUCAUUGUCUUCAUGAUAAUGAUCAUCCUAGCGGUACGAGGGGAAUUCAUCUCCGAUUUUAUGUACAGAAAUUCCCAUUACGACAACAGGGCAACUCUGGAAACCAAUGUUAUUUUGACAUCGAAUUUCCACAGCGUUAUCGACUGUGCAUCCCACUGCACGAGACGCGAUGAAUGUGAAUCUAUGCUGUUCAACAUGGACACUUAUUCUUGUCAACUUCUGUCCGUACGCAUGGAUGUGAUGUCAGACACAGGACCACAGUCUUACCUAGGAUGGCUCUACUAUGAGAGGAGAACUAGUGAGCCGAUUGCAUCCUUGACAACUGAUUUGCCAGGAACAGAAAUUAACACUGAAAUUGAGACUGGAACUACUCAGUCUUUACCUGUUCUAGUCUGA